UGUGCGCGCGGGCGCGGCGGUGGCAGCGCCGACAGCCCCGUCCCGGGAGUCGCGACCCACGCGGGGCCCGGCGGUGGCGGCGGCGGCGGCAGCCGGCCCUGACCGAGCCUCCGCGGCCUCAGCCGCCGCCUUCUGCCCUCCCGUCGCUGCCUGCCCGCGGGAGGCGUCGCGGGGAGCCCCUGCCAGAAAAUGUUGCUGUCCUGACCAGCAGUCAUGAAGAGAAGAGGGUGAAGCGAAUUUGGCUGGAGAAGUAGGAAAUUUUGACAUUUUCAGCAGGAUUUAUUGCCAGUAGCUGCAGACGGUUUUGCAAAGCCAACCCUUGGUGUUUAGAAUGGAUGGAAUGCUGCAAACUUAAGUGAUGAUCACUGCUCAAAACAGUGGACAUACAAAGGGAACAGCGUGGGAACACAUGGAUGAUAUUCUUACCAUGCACUGAACAGCACAGCACAAGUGCAAAGCUCUGGGAAAAUGUCUGCUUGCAACACUUUCACUGAACACGUCUGGAAACCUGGUGAAUGCAAGAACUGCUUCAAGCCCAAAAGCUUGCAUCAGUUACCACCAGUAUCCGAAAAAAAAACCCUUUCACAUGGAAAUCUGAAAACCAAUGCAAACCAAAGUAACAGCCGUAGUGGGAGAAAUACAGGAAACUUCCGACCGCCUGUGGCAAAGAAACCCACCAUAGCUGUGAAGCCCACCAUGAUGGUAGUAGAUGGGCAGGGCAUAUGUGGUGAAAUCAGCACGCUGGAUCAUUGCGAGAACAAAUCAGUGCCUGCAUGUUGGAACCGAAACAAAGCUAUCUCGAACAAGAAACCACUGAACAAUAAUAAUGAAGAUGAAAUUGAAGGUUAUAGCCAUGUUCACAGGCCCUAUGGCAACAAUGAAGGUGUAGGAAAGAUGCCAAAUAACAAUAAUAAUGGGCUGACUGAAGUUCUGAAGGAGAUUGCGGGUCUGGAUACCACACCUCAGCUAACUGGGAGUGAAACAAACUCAAGAGAAACCUUCUUGGGAAGAAUAAAUAAUUGUUAUAAAAGGUCAUUAGAAAGAAAGAUCCCGCCAAGCUGCAUGAUGGGUGGAAUGAAGGAUUCACAUGGUAAGCACGUUAUUCUGAGUGGAAGCACUGAAGUAAUAAGUAAUGAAGGUGGACGUUUCUGUUAUCCGGAGUUCUCUAGUGGAGAGGAGAGUGAGGAUGACACGUUUUUUGGCAGCAUGCAAGAAGAGCAUGAGAGCUGGGAUGAAAGUGAUGAAGAGUUGCUAGCAAUGGAAAUUCGUAUGAGAGGCCAACCUCGCUUUGCUAAUUUUAGAGCUAACACCCUAUCUCCUGUUCAGUUCUGCGUUGACAAAAAAUGGAAUACUGUGCCCCUUAGAAACAAGUCACUCCAGAGGAUCUGUGCAGUAGAUUAUGACGACAGCUAUGAUGAAAUUUUAAAUGGUUACGGGGAAGAGACUGUGAUCCUUUAUGGGCAGGAAAGCAUGCAGAGCAUGGUGUCUUCCGAUUCUACAUCUCCUGAUUCUUCUUUGACAGAAGAGUCUCGUUCGGGAACAACCAGCAGUUCUUCACAGAAGCUCUGUAAUGGAGGAUUAUCUCCUGGUACUCCUCAGGAUCUCAAAGUGAUUGAACCAGAAUAUGAAAGUCUUUGUGAUAAUCAACAAGUGAAGGAUGUAUCAAAAGCUCCCAGAAAUGUUCCAAAAAGCCUAGAAACUCACAAGGCAGUCCUUGCACUUCGACUGGAAGAAAGGGAUGGCAAAAUUGCUGUGCAGACUGAUAAGCAAGAGAACAAAAGUCCUUCGGAUGUUGCUGGUCAAGCUCUAACUGUAAAUUUGGUGCCUGUGGAAGAGCAAGCCAAACCCUACAGGGUGGUGAAUAUGGAACAACCAGUUUGCAAGCCAUAUACCAUAGUCGAUGUAUCAGCUGCCAUGACCAAUGAAUGUAAGGAGAACCAUACUGAAACCUCAGAAACCAAAAAUACAUCAUCUAACCCAAGCUCACCAGUAACUCCCAGCACACCUAUUGCAUCCUCUGUAGCAUCGCCUGUACGAUUAAACACUAAUCUGAAAAAAUCCAGUGCAAUCAGGUAUCAAGAAGUGUGGACUUCUAGUACCAGUCCAAGACAGAAAAUUCCUAAGGUGGAGUUAAUUGGUAACAGCUCAGGACCUUCUGUUCCUCCCAGGAAAACAAGCCACAAGUCAGCUCCUACUUCGCCUACAGCUACAAACAUUUCUUCAAAAACUAUCCCGGUUAAGUCUCCCAAUUUAUCCGAGAUAAAAUUCAACAGCUACAAUAAUGCUGGCAUGCCACCUUUUCCUAUUAUCAUUCAUGAUGAGCCCACUUAUGCUAAGAGUUCCAAAAAUGCUAUUAAAGUUCCUAUUGUAAUCAAUCCAAAUGCAUACGAUAACCUGGCUAUCUAUAAAAGUUUUCUAGGGACCAGCGGAGAGCUCUCCAUCAAAGAUAAAACCACCAGUGUCAUCAGCCACACGUAUGAAGAAAUAGAAGCAGAGAGCAAAACGACUGAUGCUAUAGGAGGUAAACCCCCUGAAUUUCCCCAGGCGAAGGGGGGCACUGGUGGCUCUGAAUGCAGGCUGGGUUCUGUGGCUCAGAAGGUCCAAGAGUUUAACAGCUGCCUCGGUAAAAGUCAGAUAUCGCCGCAGAGAAGUCAUAGUGCUGACCACAGCUCCCCAUCAAGAGUUCAAAAGACAACCCAAGAGCCUGCAGCAAAACCAGAUGUAACACCAGAGGCUUCUGUUGGCAGCAGCAGCGGUAGAGAGAAUGCAAGUACGGUGCUUUCACAGAUUGUGGCGUCUAUCCAGCCUCCACAGUCUCCUCCAGAAACACCUCAGUCUGGACCCAAGUCUUGUAGCGUAGAAGAACUGUAUUCCUUACCCCCUGAUGCAGAUGCUACUAAAAACACCCUGGUACGACCCAAAUCUCUGUUUACAUCACAAUCUGAAAUGGAGUCAUCCAAGCCAGCGGAAAAUGCUGCCGCUAAAAUGCAGAAAGAUUCACUUUCUCAGCCAGUUGCUGUGCACUCGCCGAAGCCAGUGAGAGCAACUGCAAAUACCACAAGUCCCAAAACAGAGCAAGCACCGCCAUUUCCUCCUCCACGCUCCACUUCUUCACCCUAUCACGCAAGUAACUUGUUGCAAAGACAUUUCAGCAAUUGGACCAAACCAAACAGUCCCACCAGGUCUACAGAGGCCGAGUCGAUCCUUCAUUCGGAAGGUCGCAGAGCUGCCGAUGCAAAACCCAAACGCUGGAUAUCCUUUAAGAGCUUCUUCCGACGCAGAAAAACUGAUGAUGAGGAAGACAAAGAGAGAGAAAGAGAGAAAGGAAAACUGGUGGGUCUUGACGGAACUGUUAUACACAUGCUUCCCCCUCCUCCAGUUCAGCGUCACCACUGGUUCAGUGAGGCCAAGUCUGACUCCAGCGAGAAGCCAUCGAUUGUUUUCAUGUACAGAUGUGAACCGGCUGAACAGAGGGCUGACCAUCAGAACAAGGGCGGAGCAGAGUCUGCUAUUGCGGAUGCCCUAGCAAAGGACAAAGGAGAAAUGCAGGAAAAGGCUCCAGAGAGCUCUGAACAGCAAGUAGGAAGCCAUUCAUCACCUCCUCAGGUUCCCAAGAAAAUCCCCAGCACCCCAGAGCACUGUGGAAUCAAUGGCUCGCCAGAGUUUCAAGACAUGAUUAAAAGACUCAAGAAGGCCCUGAAAGAAUUUCCUUUAAUGGGGAAUUGUGUGAGUGAGUACAGUGGUCAAGUGCCCGAUGAUGCAGCGCUGGAGGAUUUAUCCCCUCGCGUUCCCAGAGCUGUGUUUGUGAAGCAGGACAAUGGCGGCAGUGCCUCAGUCAUUCCGGUAUCAUCUGUCCGUGUCCCGCAAGGGGAGGAAGAAAAGGAAGAAGCUUCAAAUUAUCCUGACUUAAAUCCGUGCAGUGCCACGUACAGCAACUUAGGCCAGUCCAGAGCAGCCAUGAUACCUCCGAAGCAGCCGAGGCAGCCCAAAGGAGCCUUGGAUGAUGCCAUUGCCUUUGGAGGACUAGUAGACCAGGAGACAAUGAACAACUUACAGCCAACACCACCUCCACUGCCAAAGAAAACGAUUUUGAGAGCUAACACAGAGCCAACUCCCCGAGAUCUCCAGAAGCAGGCUCUGGAGAACAACCUGUGCGUUGUGGCCAAUCCCACCUAUGACAUUGACACCAACUGGGAAGCAAGCAGCGCCUGCUCCUCCGUCAGCCUGGAGCUCAAGGUGCUGGACAACGAGUCAGGAGAUUCCUUGGACAGGCCUGCAGAAAAACUGAGGGCAACCACCUCAGCAACAAACAGUGUUUCCAGCCUAACCACUAUCAGUAUUAAGGACCGGUGUUCCAAUAGUAUGGAGUCUCUCACGGGGAGACGCAUCUCGCAGACUAAGCAGGGCAAAGGAGUCCAGAAGCCACAAAGGCAAGCACUUUAUCGAGGGAUUGAAAACCGAGACGAGGUGGUAGGUAAAAUCCGAAGCCUUCACGCCGAUUCACUGAAGAAGCUGGCACACAGGUGUGAAGACCUGUUCAUGGCUGGACAAAAAGACCAGUUGCGAUUCGGGGUGGACAGCUGGUCAGAUUUCAGGCUGACCAGUGACAAGCCGUGCUGCGAGGCAGGCGAUGCGGUUUACUACCCAGCUUCUUACGCAAAAGAUCCUCUCAACAAUUACGCAGUCAAGAUCUGUAAGAGCAAAGCUAAGGAAUCCCAGCAGUAUUAUCACAGCCUUUCUAUCCGGCAGAGCCUGGCUAUCAACUUCAACAUCCAACAGGACUGUGGCCAUUUCCUUGCUGAAGUGCCAGUUCGUCUCCUUCCAUGGGAGGAUCCUGAUGCACCAGAGGUGGAAGAAGAAGAAGAGCAGGAAGAAGAGGAGAAAGAGGCUGAGCAAACGAACAGAGACGCUCCUUCUAGUACAGAGGCUGCACAGAAAGACAGCGCAAGCAACCAGGGGACCAUUGGCAAGCCACGCAGCCGUGUUGUGGUCAUCACGCGGGAGGUCCCAUACUUAACAGUGGCUGACUUUGUGCGAGAAUCUGCACCGCGCCAUGCAAAAAGCCCAGAUUUAUAUGAGAGGCAGGUCUGUCUGCUCCUUUUACAGCUGUGUUUGGGCCUGGAGCACCUGAAACCCUAUCAUAUCACCCACUGUGAUCUGCGGUUGGAGAACCUGCUGCUGGUUCAUUCCAGACCAGGAGGCAGCCCUCCGAGCUCUGAGUCCGUGGAGCCCAGUGCCAGCACUGCUUGCCCGGCCAGAUUAAUAGUGAGCAAUUUCUCCCAGGCCAAGCAGAAGAGUCACAUGGUGGAUCCUGAGGUCCUACGGGAUCAGUCCCGCCUGGCUCCAGAAAUUAUCACUGCAACACAGUACAAAAAGUGUGAUGAGUUCCAGACUGGCAUCCUCAUCUAUGAAAUGCUGCACUUACCCAAUCCCUUUGAUGAGAAUCCAGAGCUGAAGGAGAAGGAGUAUACUCGUGCUGAUCUCCCCAAGAUCCCUUGCCGUUCCCUCUACUCUCAAGGGCUUCAACAACUUGCCAGCUGUCUAUUGAAUCCCAACCCUUCAGAGAGGAUCCUGAUAUCAGAAGCCAAGGGAAUCCUUCAGUGUUUGCUUUGGGGUCCACGUGAGGAUUUGUUCCAUGCUCUAAGUACAUCUUCCAACCCUGCCCGGAGAGAUGCUGUACUGCAGAACUGGCUGGAUAUCAAAAGGACGCUGCUGAUGAUCAAGUUUGCAGAAAAGUCCUUGGACAGGGACUGUGGAGUUAUUCUGGAAGACUGGCUUUGUUGUCAAUAUCUGGCUUUUGCCACUGUAGACUCACUGCACCGCAUUGUGAGAAUCAUGCAGCAGCACUAGUCUUUAGAGCCUGUGGCUUUUCACGAAGCACCCCCCGCCUCCACCCCAGCCCUCGCUCCAGCCUGCCCUAAGGCUCACACUUCCUGCAAGUGUUAAAAACCAGCCAAGAUAUCAAAGCCAGCAACUCGGAGCAAACAUUGUGUACCCAGUGACAGAAAUGUCACUUUCUGGCCUGGCCUGUUAGGGAUCGAUUUUAGAUAUACACGACUGCAUUUGGAUCAGACAGUGUCAUUCAUAUCUGGCUGAAAGGGAGAGCCACUGUUGAUACCACUAUUCAGCCACUGCAGUAACCAAAUUGCUGUCCUCUUCUGGGCAGUUCUGUAGAUUCCGUGUGCAGCAUUGGUUGUGGCAGUGACCACAAGCAGAGAUGGGUUAGUUGUCAAGGUGAGGCGAAUGAGCCACUGUGCUGCAAAACACUCCUUUGUUUCCAUUCCACAACAUUUUCUCUCGGCUUACUCUCCCACAAGUGGGCUGGACUCUCUUUUGAUCUCAACCAGGUUCUGAUCUGUCUCUUACAGUUUACACCUUCUUUUUUUCCUUUCCCAGAUGUGGGUGUCCUGCUGAUCGCAGCACGUGUCAGUGGGCAGUAAGCAUCUGCGUUCAGUCCUCUUUCCUCUGGCUCCCUGCCUACCCAUAUCCUCUCUAUCCACAGAUCCGUGAUUCCAACAGUGCUGCCUUUAUCAGAUGAUUACCCUUAGCUUAAGACCUCUGCAGUAAAAAGCAGAAUGUGCACGCUUUGUUUGUCCCAUUCCCUACAUGACAUUCACCAGUCUGGACUGAUGAUGUACCGCAGCUAUAACCACGUUCAUUCAAGAACAACACAACACAUGGUGAGCAAUUGAAAUUCCCCUUCCAUCGCAAAAGGCACUAAAGCCCGACUUGAAAUGGAUAGGAUGUACAUAACCUUCUCUGACAAUCACUCUUAUGAAUCGGGAAUGAAAGCAACAGCCACCUCUUCUGUUUUGUUUCUGGUUUGCACUUGUCACUUGUGCCAUAUUGCAAAGUGGGACUGAAAUUGGCUCUGCUGGUGUGCUGGCAGGAGAUGGAAAUGUUUAGAGCUUGUCUGUGUGUAGCUAACAGGCCACAUGGAGACACUUUUCCUGCAGAUGCAGUUCUCCGAAGGGUAAAAACACGGGGGCAAAAACACUUGUUUAAUUAUUGAGGGAGCCGUUAAAUUUGGCAGCCACAGCUAACAGUACCGUGAUCCAUUUUCCCCGCAGCGGUGCUCGGCUGCAUCUCUUGUCUGUUGGAACCAGUGUUUGCUAAUGUUGCUAUAGACAACAUUUAUUCCCUAAAAAUGGAACGUUGUCAGAGUAGCUCAAAGAGCAUUGCAGUCGGGUUUUUGGACUAGAGCAGGAAUUAGUGAGGAUUAAAGAGACAGAAUCUUUAAAAACUCAACCUGAAGGAGCUUUUUGUGUUUAGAGGCCACUGCUGCCUUCCUCCCCUGACCUAACGGCCAUCUCCCCUGGAACCUCUGCAACUGGACAGGUGGUAUCUUUGCUCAGCAUUGCUCUGAAGUGGCUCCUGAGUCCUUAAAAACUGAUCCGGAUGCAGGGAAAAAGCGAUAGUGACUGUGCUGAUGGGGUGAUGGAAAGCAGACAGCCUUAGUUGUGAGCCUGUGCUUCUCUCCUAUGGAUCUAUGUGCAAUUCUUGUAUGUAUUUUUUAGAGCUGUACAUUACAGUGUUCACUUUACACACCAGCCUUUAUCUGAUGCUAGAUCUGCAGCCCCUUCCUUUCCUUUCCUGGCACAUAAAUGCACAGAUAUCCAUGUGUUUUUUUAUGGAUUGAUGUUUCAUUUUAAUUGUUAAAACUGUGAGGAAUCAAUUCACUUCAGCCUUGAAACAAAUAGCCACUUUAUACAGCGUAUGCAUGCCUGGACUGGAUGCAUGGAACCUGAACAAACAGUCCUGCAGGCUUACCGUCAGCGGAACCAGCUCUGGAUCCACACCGCGCUUCCGGAGCGGUUGAAACGUCUGUAGUGUUCUCCUCUGGCAUCUCCCAGAGCUAAGCCGAAUCGCGUGUGGAAGCCUACAUCGAUUGUGCCGUAGUAUAGCGACUGUCUCUGUGACCUUCCUAGGGAUUUUGUUGAAACUUCUGAUGAUUAUUCUUGUGUUCGAUUCACCUGUAUCAGUGAAGGAUCAGGCAAGGAUAAGGAUAAUAUAUUUUAUUGUGAUGAUAGAUGAUUUUUUUUCUUUCUCUUUUGGCAAAAAGGUUAGGAUGGCGGCAUUGAUGCAGGAAAAGAGGACAGUGCAUUAAAAGCCCAAGUGCAAUGUAUGUAGUCGAGGUACUUCCACUACAUCAGGAAAGAAAGUUUCUACACUACUGCUGAGCAGCUCGUAGAGGAACCUUUACAAAGAGUCACAGCCGUUCAGUGCAGCCGUGUGUUACCUGGACACGGGAGGGCAACGUUCUCCUGGCUUAACUACACCGAGCAUGACGAGUCACUCGCCUACUAUCUGCUAGCUAUUAGUCACAGUGUGCUGAGCUAUGAGUAGGGCUUCUUGUUCUCUGUGGUCUGGUUUUGUGUGUGUUUCGUAGUGCGUGUGCGCACGUAACUUCUCACCUAACUCCUAGAGGCUGUGCGAGCAAUUCUUGGACCACUGGCCACUGCAGUGGGCUCGUUCCUUGAAGCCAGUAGGUGUUUCUGGACACGUUCUCAGUGUCACUUUCACGUCAACGCGCACAUGCAAAAUUGAAUUUUGAAUGUUUUAGAACCGUACAUAUUUAAUGCAGCUGGUCCAAAGCCUUUGUAUCUCUAGCUAUCCAAUUUCCGUUUGUACCUUUUGUGAUGAAACAAUACUCACUUUAGCUCUGCAGUGUAACCAAGCAUGGAUAGAUGUUCACUACCAAUCUCUUUCUUGUGCGGCACUGGGUAAACUUUAGCGAUUUGUAAUGUUGUGUGUGUUUUUCUUUAAAAAAGAAAGAAUGGUCAAGUAGUCGAACAUAAUCUGGCCUGAGCCAUUCCUUGGGGAGCUUCGGGCUGGCUUGGCAGGUAUGCCCAGAACUGAUGAUUGUAGCUGCGUGCGUGGUGGUUCUCCAUCCUGGCAACAGAUUGUGCCACCUAAAUAUCUGAGAAUGUAUGCAUUAAAUUGAUUGUAAACAAAUCCUAAGAAUGCUACAGCAUAAUUGCUAAGCAAAAGGAAAAAAACCCGUUCUGUUUGUAACUGGGAUCCUGUGUAUGGCAGGAACAAACCCCCUGGCUGUGCAUGCCAUAACUUACUUGAAUAUAUGCACAGAUCUUGAAUUGUUUUUUAGCAAUGUCGCACUUUCAGUUGAGCUCCAGAACAGGAAGAGCUGCAAAUCUAAGAUAACAGUAUUGACUGUAAAUAUAUAUUUUUCUAUUAAUAAAAGCUGUCAUUCAAAUAUUUUUAACAUGAACUAAAGGUUUUUCCAGUAGAAACUAAAUUCUGGGAAAAUCAAAUGCUUGUUUGAAGAAUUAUGAUGAGUGGUUUCUGAUCCUAUUAGAGCCAUUAAAACUCUCUCUAAUGUUACAGAGAGAGCGCGGUGAUUGGAUUCGCAGCGUUUAGUGCCUUGUCAGAAAACUAAAAUGUAGCUGGUCAGUUGGUGGAAAUCUUAUUUUCAUAAUAGCUCUAAAAAUAAUACUGCCCACAUUACAAUGCAAAAGACAUUACAGAAUUAAACGUUGUACUUGGCAUGAUACCGAGUUGAUCUAUUCCAUGAGAUUUGGGGUUGAAUUUAUAUGAAUGAGUCCCUUUAAGCUGUUUCUCGUAUAGGAUAAAGCAACAAAACCGUGGGCUUCCAAAUUCAGUAUGUGCCCAGGGGGAGUGAUAGUGGUGGCUGGGGCUCAACUGAGCGCAGCGGCAAAUGAAGCCUAUUGCUUUGACAAUCUACUGCAGACACAGCUUCCUGGAGACGAGGAACACGAGUAGUCUGGAAGAAGUGGUGAAGGUAAGAUCCUGCAGGCAGGGGGUGUGCUGCACACCGUGCUCUGUGCUGUGGGAUGCAAACCUCUGUUAAAAUGGGUGUUCCGAAAACCCACUCCUGAGAUCUUAUGGAAAAUGGGUUUGGUUUGUAUUUCUUCACAAAUUACCUGAGAUCUGAUCGAGUCAUUAUCUAUAACCAGGUGAAGGUAAAGAGAAUUUACUAGUGAAAACUUGGCUACAAAUUUUCAGGAAGGAGGGAAUCCAGAAUUUUCUUCUGAAGCCUCUGAAAUGUCCAGAUAGAGAAACUUCGUCUCACCUCAGUAUUCAGAUAUGAUGGAAUCGAUAACUCGAGGCAGGAUAUGAUGUUGCUGGCCUGCAGGCAAGAAUGCAUGUAGCAUUUAGAGAAAUGUUCCACCUUAAAUCUUCUGUGCUCCGCACGUCCCGGCAGCACCCACGAGGUAUGAAUGGAUCUUCUUGACUUGGUAACACAGGGGAAUUCCCACAUAUGAAAGAGAAAAAUGUAUUAUUUAAUUAAAUCCCAUGUGUGUUAGGGUUCAGCUAUUUGGAGGAUUUUUUCAGCAGCUUCACACUGUAGGUCCUUAACUUUAGCACGUAAAACCAGUAUUUGCUGCUGAAAUAAAAUGUAUCUGUGUCUAGAUUCUGGUGCUAAAAUGCCCCACCCAAAUUAGUUUCUGCAAGAGCAAUUUAAUUCAUAUGUAAAUAUGAACUAAAUAGCCCUGGUUUUAUUUAAAUGGGUUGUUACUUUUCUGAGGGACACAACAGAAACAGAAUCAGACCUUUUUCUGCACUCUCCUCGCCCCCUUUCCCCAAAGGAGAAUGAAGCUGUUUCUCUGUAGGAACAGCACUAAACCAUUAUUCUCCACACAGCCAGGCUGGCUGUUUUACUCUGGUUUUGCAGAGUGUUGGUUCUGCUAAAACUCCUGUAAAAUCCAGAGCACGGUCAGAGCCCUUUGGUCCACGUAGACGGAUGUGCUGAUGACUUAGUUCUGCAGUAAGAUAACAUCAAAGAAGUGCAGAAUACAAUUUUAAAUACCUCUAUACAAAUGCACCUGUGGAAAUAGUCUGGGAACAUCAUCUGCGUUCCAAACCCUUCAAGGGAGGAAUCCAUGAAGCUUCCUGGGGAGAAUCUUGAGGCCUUUCACGUACAAAGGGAGGAGCGAGUCUGCCACGGCUGUGCUGCAGAGCCUUUCUAGUAGGCAUUGCUAUGGAUUUCAUGAUUCGCCCGGAUGCAGCAUUAGGAGGACGGUGGUUUUGAACAGACACAGAAUGUAAUUUAAAUCAUUCCCCGUAAGCCUCCUCGCGCUGGUGCUCACUCCGCAUUUAGUUGGGAACUGCAGAACUCUUCCCGAUGGAGCAGAGUUGCCUGUGAGGAAUGAAACGCUUCCCUUGCCUGGGAAUUUCCCUUGCCUGAAUUUCAGAAUUGGGUUUGUACUUCAGACUAGAAAUAUUUUUUUCUCAUAUACCCCAGGGGAAGAUUUCAGGGAUUUAGAAGAGGUUGGACCUUUUUUUAUAUGGAGGAAAUCUUUGUUCAUAGAUACAGAUAUACAUACAUAUAUAUGAGUGCGGGUGGGCAUGCGUUUAUAUAUAUGUAUGUAUAUGAGUUUUUGUAUCCCAAAAGUAUUCUUUGCUCCUUUUUGCUUGAAAAUAUAUAUAUUAUAUAUUGUAUAUAUAAUAUAUAUUUAAGAGUGUGUAAAUUUGAAUAUAGGAACUUCAUAAAUAACUCCUCUUCAAAAAUUACUCAAAACUUCUGUUCCUUUGUCCUUUGCCUUGUUGGUAUCAGAAGGUUUUGCAGUUGAAAUCCUUGGGUUUUUUUCUUUUAAAACUUAAUUAUGCUGAGCAUUGACGAAUAUGUUCUUGUUUUUAAUAAAAGGGGGAAAAUUAUUUUUAAAUUAGGGGUUCAAAAAUCGAUGGACUUUUAUAAAUG